AUGGGCUACCUUGUUAUCUCACCUGAAUAUGUCCCCUAUGUAUCCACUAUUGCCAACUUCAUUAUUUCCUUUACUCCAUUGUUAUCAUAUGGGUCUACGGUUUUGAGUAUAAGGAAAAGACAAUCAUCUCAAGGGUUCUCCAUAGAUAUAUGUGGGACGAUGCUUGUUUCCUCGAUAUUGAGGAUUUUCUACUAUUUCAAUGAUCCGUUUGAGGUUACGUUACUCCGGCAAUGUUUUGUAAUGGUUUUCAUACAAACUAUACUACUCAGGACUGCGUUGAAGUAUAGAAGUGAGGAUGCGGUUCAUUUUGAAAAAUACGAUGGUCACUGGGAUUCAUUUUAUAACAAAGUAUUGGAAUUGAACAAGGAACAAAUUGAUAACACGUUUGAGAAGUAUGAGAUUGGGGAUCAAUACAAUAACUACAAUAUACAGAAUAUAAUAGUAGGAAUUUUUGUCGCAUUAUUUCGACUUGCUUACAUCAAUGGAGUACUUACAGUUAGUGCAGCAUUUAAGCUCUUGAGAGAUGUUGUAAGUUUAUUUGAUUAUCAUUACAUUAGGCCCUUUAAUUACUGGCAAUGGAAGGAACCAAUAACGUUUUGGAAGUUUUUACUUGGAUUCGUAGUUUGUGCAGGUAUCAUCCAAAUCACAUUCAAUGGGAAUGAGUAUUUAGGAAUUUGCUUUGGAUCCAUCUCAUUUUUAGUUGAGUCAUCCUUGCCACUACCACAAAUUCUACUAUUCCAAAGAGUUCAAAAUGUUGAAAACUUCAAGAUUAUAUUAUUAUUAUCAUGGCUAGGCGGCGAUAUCACAAAGAUAAGUUAUUUACUAUUUGGGACUGAAAAUGUAGGCUUGUUGUUUAUAUUUGCAGCCUUCUUUCAAAUGAGUUUGAAUUUUGUAAUAACAUACCAAUUUUUCUACUAUAAGUUCAAUCCCAACCUAAACAGCGAACACAUCAUAACUCAUAUACCAUUAUCACAUGCACCUGUAAAUAUCAGGCCACCUCCCAGGUCAAGCACCUUGGCAUAUAUUAGUAGGCCGAGCAUUAACGAGACAAACAUUAUUCCACAAAGUAGAGCUUCAUCUAUUUCCUUUAGUGGGAUCAUACCAACCAAUAGCAACGUCAAUAUUGUUCAGCAGAAUCAACAUUAUCAGUCACAUCGAAAGUCGAUAUCUUUAAUUGAGGAGGACGAUGGGAUCGAUAUAGCCGAGGGGGUUAAGAUGAACAUAGACUACACAUUAGAAGAUGUAAACGAUUGUGAUGAAGAAAAUGAGGGAAAUAAUGAAAACGAGACUUUACUUAAUACACAACAGCAACAGCUGCCGUUUGAGAAAGGAGUGGACCCUCUUGUGGAGCAAGUGAGAUCAAGAACAGGGACUAUUGGACAUGCGUAA